AAGGUGUGCUGUAAUGGCCAUGCAUCCCUUACUGGGGAGGUCACAGUCGCCCUGAGCACAUUAUGUAAAAUGGCAUGCACCCUGCGAGGGGGACUAUGUCCCAAUCGCUUAGGAGGACGAGUGGGGCGGGCGGAACGUCGGCUCCCUACUGCUGGGAUUGCAUCCAUGCUCCUCUGUGGAGGAGGGGGCAGGGGAGGAAAAGAGAUCACAGGAGGGAGCAGGGCUGGAGAAGGCUGGUGCUGCUGAACAGGCUCAUGCAGAAGCGCACGCAACCAGCCAUCUCCCUCCACUUCAAUACGCGCCAGGAGAGCAGCCAUCAGAGGGUCUCCUGCGGACAUCUUGAGCCAGCUCCUCUCUCUGGAAUGUUGCCCGUUUGCAAGUGACAGAGCAGCCAUCCCCUGGAGGAGCGAUAAGACAGAUACUUGUGCUGAGGACAAGAAACUCAAGAACAGCUCAUUCACUGCUCUCCUCCUCGCUGCUCAGGAAGAAAGAUGGAGACUGCAAUGAGAAGCCUUCUGUCAGAUAACAGCAGAUAUGUUGAGUCCUUCCGCCUCUUCCUUAAGAAUUCCACUGAGCACCAGUGCAUGCAGCAGUUUAUAGAGACCAGGCUGCCGGACGUCAUCUCCAGUAUAGGGGAUGGAAAGACGACCAUCAAUGUCCUUGGAGUAGGAAGUGGAUCGGGUGAAAUAGACCUAAAAAUCUUCUCCAAAAUACAAGAUCGAUAUCCUGGAGUCCCCAUCCAUACUGAUAUUGUUGAGCCAAGCCCAGAGCAGAUCCUCAGCUACAAGGAGCGCGUGGCCAAGACCCCGGGACUUGAAAAUGUUCAUUUUAACUGGAUCAACAAAACAUCUUUUGAGUUUGAGGUUCAAGUGAAGCAAAAGAAGUCAGAAAGAAAGUAUAAUUUCAUCCAUAUGAUAGAGAUGCUGUACUACGUAAAAGAUGUGCCGGCAACACUGACCUUCUUCAGGAGCCUAUUGGCACCAAAUGGAAAACUCCUUAUAAUACUUGGAUCUGGAAAUAGCGGAUUUUCUAUUUUAUGGAAGAAGUACGGACCCCGUUUGCCCCGAAACGACCAGUGCCUGUACAUCUCAGCGGACGACAUUGCAGACGUGCUGAGAUCAGAGGGCACAAAGUAUCAGAGCUAUGAGCUGCCAUCUUACAGGAACAUCACUGAAUGCUUCAUCGAUGGGAACAGGAACGGAGACUUGAUGUUGGAUUUUCUCACGGAGACUUAUGAUUUUAACAAAAAUGCCUCUCCCGAGCUGAGAGAGGAAAUAAUUCGAGAUCUCAAGUGCCCAAAGUACAGCUCUGUUAAAGAGGGAAAGAUCAUUUUAAAUAGUAAUCUUAGUGCUAUAGUGGUGGGGAGUGGAUAGAUAUGAGGAACAAUGGGCGCGUCCAUGCAACUGGUUUCAGGGAUUAAAAAAAUUCUCUAAAACUUGACUCCUUUUUACUGUUUAAAAAGGUUGUGGGUCACCCUUUUUGCUAUUUUGGGGACUGUUAAUGUAGUAGAAUUCAACAUCAAGGUGGGAAGGCUUGGGGGUUCUCUACGCCUCUCCAUAGUCUAUGCUUUUUUUUUCUUUAUAUUUUGUUUUUUUGGGUCAAGGGUAAAACCUACAAUCUCUCCCUCCAUAAUUUACUAAAUGCCCCUUCCAUAAGUCUCAUACACAUCAAAUGCAGAGCGCCAUAUACAAGCAUAACCAGCCCUCUGUUUAAAUAUAUAGGGCAUUAGACACACAGAAUCGGCAACAGGACUCUUUUUAAAUAGGUAAGAGUCAAAAUGAUGGGUCCAACACCUAGUUUUGUGCAUGUGUCCUACUAAAGGAUUGUCCCGUUGUCCCAAUCGUUUUUGUUUAGGACUCCCAGUGGCUUAAAAAUAAAGGCCAUACUGAUUUCACCAUGCUCCAGUCCCUGGUGCUCUUCAAUUCCUGGUCCCAGUUUAAUGUACCAAAAAUACCUGAAAAAGCCAAUCUCAGGCUAAGGUGGUCCACCACAAGUGAUCUGAUAAGUCAAUUCGGGACCAGGGAUUGAAGAGCCUUUUGAUAUGUAAAAUGGCAGGCAACAUUUUGAGCGGUUCAUGUUGGUUGAAUCUCAAAAGUUUUGGAUUUGCUGGCAACCAAAGUUUUAAAGAAAUUCGUAAUGAAUUUCAUUAGUAUAGAAUCGAUUUGCUCAUCUCUACCCAGCAACCGUCAGGAGUGCUGUGCAGCGGCGCCUCUACAUGCUCUGUCGGAUCGUCAGCUGCCCCGUCUGCCAUGCAGCAGCACCUUUUCAUGCCACAUGUUUUGGCUGGACAACCCCUUUAAGAAAAAAAACAUUCCUAGUGAAUGUCUUGUACAAGUUAAGGAACCAACCUUACCUAAGACGAAGACAAUACAACCAGCCCCUUGAGAACUGAGACCCAGGUGCUGCUGACCUUAAGAAUCUCAAUGCUUAUAAUAUGAGCUCUGGUAAGGCUGUCCUGUUUUCCAUAGUUCUGAUUUUUAAAUAUUGCACCAUCUUGUUAAUGAGUUAUUUGGUUAUUACGGGCCGGUUGUGCUAAAAGGAAUAACAGCGAUAUUGAGUAGAGUCUCUGGGUCACGCCGCCAUGUCAAGUGCUCCUGCAAAGGCUGGUGCCUCGCUCCUCGCCACUCGUCUUGUUAAUUCUUGUAAGGGCUUUUAUUUUAGGUUUGCCAUUCUGCUUUGAUUAAUGUAUAAUGUUUAAUAAAUGUGACUAAGUAGAACAACAAACUUGGCUCUAUACUCUAUAGUUUUUACUUUUUUAAACUUUUGAUAAAGUUUGAACUUUUUAAAGAGCCAGUUUCUUAUUUUGGGGUUUUAUGCAUAUGAUGGCUUCCAGCUGUCCCUCCUGCUUUUGACAUUGGAUGAAACUUGAAUAGAUGGACAUUGCCAGUGCUUCAAUCAGCCUGAAAAAUUGAAUAUGACUCUCUGAUGUCUCAAUUUUUUUAUUAUAAACAAUAGAAUUUUAUUUUAUUUUUUUAGGUUUUGGACUGGUUUUUGGAGAAAAAAAAUGGGCGUAAUUUGGAAGAAAUAUGCAGAAUGCAGCUAUUGACACACUAAAAUAUGCUCAGUUAUAAACUGUAUUGCCUUUCUCAGGACGAUGAUGCAAUUUCAUACUGUAGCAUGGGCGGCAGUAUGUUGUGCUGCACUGUGGUAUCUAGUACUGCUGGGGCAGUAUUUUGUUCAGCACUAUGGUAUUGCUAGCCCUGCCUUAUUCUGUUGCCUGCCUUAUUCUGUUGCCCCACAUUUUGUCAAUUUGGACCAACCUCCAACAUGUGGCCACUUUAAGUUCCCAGUCGGCCCUGCCAGAAAAUCACAUCUUGUAUUAUAUUCCAGAGCUUUACUCCCUAUUCUGCUGGUGCAGUCACUGUGUACAUACAUUACUUAUUCUGUACUGAUCCUGAGUUACAUUCUGUAUUAUAUUUCAGAGCUGCACUCACUAAUCUGCAGCCUUCAGAGCUGAAAUCCCCCAACUUCCCCUGCAGGCUGUGUGUCUGUACAGAGCUUACAUUAAUCAUUUAAAUUCUUUUUAUUAAAAGCUCGAGGAGUGUGCUUUCUACACCCAUGCAACAAAAUCGUGCAGCGUGCCACACAAAAAAUUUCCACUAGGUUACGGUCCAUCGCGGGCCCUCUCCAAAGGAGAAGGGCCCACCAUAAUCCUUUCCCAGUCCCUCUGGGCCACAAGGCUCCCGCAAGCGACUGAGACAAAACGGGCAACCCCCAGUCAAAGCCAGGGGUACGCCCAGGCAACCUGAAGCUGAGGUUAAGCCAAGUCUGUGCUCCGGCUUCCACUUAGGCGCCACCCCAGGUGUCGUCACGGAGAUUCUACUACUAGGCUGGAAUCUUCCCGGAGGGAGACUGCAAGGAUUGCAGGGGGGUGCGGAACUAGAAUGGCCACACGCACCCUGCGUAGACCUCUAGGUGUGUACCCGUCAGGGUGCCGCUACCCAAGAAAUCCUAGUGACAAACAAACAUGGAAAGUGAACACACAGCAGAGACCUUGGUCACCUAGGAUAGGACACUAAUGGCCCAAGACGUACACCCUAGGGAUGCUGUGUGGUUCUCUGCUUUACAGUCUAGAAGCUCAGAUCUACCUCCAGAACUGAUACUACACUUGAUCUUAGCCAAAAGGCCUAGAAGCGGUUUGUUACUGGGGUAUUAUAUUGAAUUUUAGUUUUAUUCCGAUUUUUAUUUUAUUCCUGGGAUAUUAUACAAUCACAAUUAGAUGUUUUAAUCAACAAAGAAACGGAUAGAAAUUGGAAAAAAAUGGAAUCGGAAUAAAACUAAAAUUCAAUAUAAUAUCCCAGUAACAGACCGAUUUGAAUCACCCACGGAUGUACAGUUAGACAGGACACCACCUUACCAUGGUCAAGAAAUUGACACAAUCACAAAUAAUGGAGAACAGACACCAGAGAUCACCAUCACCAGCACACAUAUACAAUCUGAGACACAGACAUCACAAACAAAAAUAUGUGAGAAAUACAUCACCAAUUCAGCCACAAAGACUGACACAUUCACGUACAACAUUAUUAAUAGGAAAUGGUAAAGGAGUCUAAAUCGCAGAACACCACAUACAAACAACAACACAAAAAGAUACGGAGAGGCAGGCGAGGGAGAAUUCCCAGAAGACACCGGACAUGUUAGUAAUAGAGGGAUAUAGUCCUUAAUUUAAGUAAAAUUAAUUUGACAAUCUCAAAACAAAUUGUUAAAUAAAGGUUUAACAUUUUCAGUUUCAGGUUUGGACGUAAAUUGGGAUAAAACUACGCUUAUGCAUUUGGAUAGUACGAAUAUGUAAAUUUACACUCCGCAAUGAGAGCACUUUGAACAUCGAAAGAAUUAUUAAUGAUUUACUUUGGGGGAGGAAACGCGUAAGACUUAAGUUAGAGCAUUGGUAUAAGCCAUUGGAGAGGGGAGGACUUAAUCGCCCUUGUUUCAGGGGCUAUUUUUUAGCUGCACAGUUUUGUUUUCUCCACGAGUGUAAGGAUAAUCCACUCUGCAGGUAUUUAGUUAAUGGAUCUCCAUAUGAUAACUUUUUUACUUUAUUGGAGUCUGAUCAAUUGUCCGACUCCGAUAAGGAAUUUAGAUCUGCCAGGAAUCUUUUUAUGAAGUCAUGGUACUCUAUUAGACUUUGGUGUGGGGUGAGGGGUUCACUGGAAUGCACUCCUUUGUGGUAUAAUCGGCACUUACAAACUUUAGAUGAAUUAGGUAGGGAUCAAUACUGGCAAAAAAGUAAUAUUUUAUAUGUGACACAGGUAGUAGGCAAUUAUCACAAAGAGAGAAAGCACAGAAAUUAUUAUGGUUUCGGUAUUUACAGUUAAGAUCGGCACUUUUUAGGAGUAAAAAAAAAAUAUUUGACUUGUAAUACACACUUCUACACAAUUGAAUUAUUGGAUAGGGAAUUUGGGUCAAAAGAUAAAGAUUUCUCAACUUUAUAAAAAUUUACUUAUAGCACGAUUUAGAGAUACCUCCUCCUCGGUCAGAAGGCUUGGCAAAAUGAAUGUCCAAUGAUUAAUCUGGAUGACCAGGAGAAGCUAACGAUUAAUUUAAAAUUAGUUUCACAUAAUUUUAAUCACGUUGUCGUACAGUUUAAUAUUCUACAUGGACUUUAUGUCACACCUCUUUGGCUUAAUAGAUGUGGUAUCCGGAAUGAUUCUAAUUGCCCUAGGUGUGAUGCUCCCGAAGCGGAUUAUUUGCAUAUGUUCUGGUCCUGUCCAGAGUUGAAACCAAUAUUGGGGAGCUAUCCACAAAUAUAUUGAGGGGAAAAUUGAAUGUGCAGAUCCCUUUUACUGUGGAAUGUUGGGUGCUGGGCAAGCUUGCCAAGGUGCGCUUUCAGCAAUAUAAAAAAUAUAUUUUUUUUAAGAUAAUGUUUUUGUCACGACUUCUUGGUUCUCGCGAAAUAGUCCCACCACGAAUACAUGGUUAAAUCUGGUGAAUAGUAAUAAGAAAUAUGAAUAUAUUCUGUAUAAGCAGAGAAAUACUGAGAAAAAAUUGAGUGAAAUCUGGGAAGACUGGAACUCUUAGAGCUUCCUCCGCUCUCCAUGCUUUCCCAAUACUCCUCAGUCUGGU